UAUAAGAAACUGGAACCGGUCCUAUUAGACUUUAUCUGGACAUGUAUGCAUAUUCGGCCCAGUCAUCGGUCACUUUUGAGACCGUUACACUGGAUUUUUUACAUCAUUUCAAAUUCUAAUAGAGUUUAUAAAAAAAUAAGUAAAUUAACAACAGGUUGACCCCUUCGCAUAUGUGGUCGACUUAGUUACUUCGGGUUCAAGAACGUGUGAACCAAAUCAAGGUGGGAACCUGAUCAACGAUGAAUUCAUUUUGCGUUCACUCAGCGAUUUGAAUCCUCACGAGAAAUGAAAAACCGAUGAUGGGAUUGUGUCGGAAUCCACCCUAUUAUUUCCUAUGAUUUUCAUCCAUUGUUUGAUUGAUGCAGUUUGCAUAAUAAUCGUUAAGAUAACAGUUACAUUGUGAUGGAUUUUACAAUUGCAACUGCAGAUUUUUUUAUCAGGUGCGGAUCUCUGUAAAACAGCGCCCUUUUGUACCGACUGUUAUUUUGCUCUACGAUCAAUCCUCACCGACAGCAGCACGUUGAAAUUAAAAUCUCAAGAGUUAUUUUACAGUGGGUUUCAGUUCUGCUGUAGAAUCAAUUCACGAAAUAACGGGGUUUCGGGUUGCGGCCGCGGAUUGCAGAACAGUGUGCACUGUGCGUCGCGGUGCAUCGUGUCGGAGUUUUAUUAUUCCGUUGUGUGUUUGUGAAAAUAAAUUGCGGUGGGAUAGGGAAAUCUUUGAUUAAGCUCGCAGUUCGCUGCUGACACCGGAGCUAUGGCGUCUACCGAGCAAGUGGGGUUGAAUAAAACAUGGGAAUUAUCGCUUUAUGAACUCCAUAGAACCCCACAGGACGCUAUUACUGAUAACACCGAAAUUGCUGUCAGCCCGCGUAGCUUACACAGCGAAUUGAUGUGUCCCAUCUGUUUGGAUAUGCUAAAAAAAACUAUGACAACCAAAGAAUGUCUUCAUCGGUUUUGCUCAGAUUGUAUUAUCACAGCACUGCGCAGCGGGAACAAGGAAUGUCCGACGUGCCGAAAGAAAUUGGUAUCUAAAAGGUCGCUGAGACCAGAUCCGAACUUCGAUCUCCUUAUACAGAAGAUCUAUCCAAGCCGAGAUGAGUACGAGGCACAUCAAGAACGUGCGCUGGCAAAAUUGAAUGAAUCUCACUCACAGGCUGCGAUGGUGAGCUCUAUAACGGAAGGAAUAAAAAUUCAGAGUCAAAACAGACCACAGAGAUCAAGAAAGAAUGCUAAUGAUCCAGAAAAUGUGAACAGCACCCCAUUGCUAAAUAACACUGCUAAUACUAGCGGAAGAACAACACCGAUCACUCCUACUAUUUCGGCUAUUCAAAGCGACUCUUCUCAAGGACCUAUGGGAACCAUUAAUAACAGUAAUGGCCUGGGAAAUGUAGUUUAUAAUACAAAUCAACUCAAUUCAAAUCACAGCGUAUCUCAACCAGCUAGUAGUCCUGCAGUUUCAGGAACGACAUCGAGAAAUUCUACAACCCCCUCACCAAACCCAGCCAAUCAAAUCCCAAAAGCUGCAAAGCGACUUAAAAGUUUGCAAAAUUCUGAAAAUGACUCUGCUGGAUCGAGUGCAGAGGCUGAAACAGGUGGUGGCGAAUCCAUGGUUGAUACUGAAGGGGAAGGCCCUAGCGAACCGCUUAUGUUGAAUGAAAUCGAACUUGUGUUUAAACCACAUCCAACAGAAAUGCCGAAUGAUAAUUCACUGAUAAAAGCUCUUAAAGAAAAUAGCAUUCGCUAUAUAAAAACUACAGCUAAUGCUACUGUUGAUCAUCUCAGUAAAUACCUUGCCAUGCGUUUGACGUUGGAUCUUGACACAGAAUUGUCCGAGUCCCACAGGCAUUUGAAUUUCUGCAUCUACAUCGCUCCAUCUCCGGGGCAGCUGGUAGUCCUGAGUGGAUCUCAAACUUUGAGGCAGGUAAAUGAUAAAUUUUGGCGGGUAAAUCGGCCUUUGGAAAUGUAUUAUUCGUGGAAAAAGACCUAGGGAAGGCCAAACAAGUCUCAGUCAGACUAGAGCAAGUAAUAAUUCACUCUCAAAGUCCCCUGCAAUGGUAAAUGAAAAAUUCAAAAAUAGCUUUAACUAUGUUACAAGGGCUCUAUGUGAAAGCAGAGCCGCUUGAUGAUAUUUUUGAAAAAUAUAUCUGCGACAGCUCUUGCUGUCAUUCAAAAAGUAUCGCUGUCGAGUCGGUGAUGAGGGCAUAGCCCAGAAUAAGAAGAAGAAUUUAAUAAAAGCGUUUAAGUUUUUAUCCGUUUCGGAAACACAGCGCUUUAAAAUUGGUUUGAUUUACUGAACUGAAGCACGAUUAAACUUAUCUUCUGUUGCCUUAUUAAACCAAAGAACCAGAGUCAUUGUUGAAUCAAGAUUAGUCAUGAAUCUUUUAUAAUCAGUUAUCGACGCCAGUCAAAGAUGCUAAUAAAUAACAAUACAAAGGCUCGGAAUAUGCAAUCUCUGUUAGUCGGGAUAAUAAUAAUAAAACAAUGAUUAUCUUGCGCUAGAAGUGAAUACUUAGCGUAACAGUAAAGAUGUUUUCACGAUCAAUUACGCUAUGCUUACAUCGCGAUUGGAUCAUUUCUGAUGUCUAGCAUGUUGACCAGAUAUUUUUAUCCUUUAAAAAUGACCCAGUGCAACCGUCAAAUCACAUAAAUAAAUAUCUAUAUUUUACCAGUGACAAAGAGUUUAUAAUCGCAUUUACAACAAGCAUUGUCAAACAUUUUUCUAUGUGGCAGAAAUAAUUAUAGUCAGUAGUUUACUCACAAUUAGCCACACGAUUGUCUUCUUAAAGUGGACAAUACAGUAUCCCCCUAGAGGUUUAGAGCCUUUGUGAUAUUUACGUACUAAUUUGCAAAUACCUUUGAAUUCAGAUGACAACAAUUAGAUGUAAGAAGCUCAAUGCUUUUUUGAAUCCAAAGUGUAAUAUAUGAUGUAUAUUUCGUAUAGUUAUAUAUGAAGGUGGAAUAAAACAGUGUAAAUACCCAA